ACGAUCGGCUGACAGAAUAAAAUAUGCAUAAAUACCGUUAUAUGGGAAAAUAAAGCAGCAGCUACUAUAAUAUGAUGAAGAAAGUAGUCCCUGCCGUCACGGGCAUGUAGGCGAGUCACAGUGUAUAAAUACGCCGGGUUGUCAAACAGUAAAGUUUCUCUGGACCCUCCAUACAAUCUGUCAGCUGAAGACGAACUGGAAAACCCUUCGGCCGUUGGAGAACUGGGGCAGCAAUGAAAUAAAUCAACACCACUAAGGUCAAAAAGACCCAGUGGUCAGCAUCUCAACCAAACGACUCGACAGAUCCGCCUUGAAAUCCCAGACAACCCAAGAGGAAUACAACAGAAACGCAGGAGUACAAGUCACGCUAGGACAUCAGUGACAAUAGAGUUGGGACCUGAAAACAUUGUUACGCAUUUGUCGACGAAAAAAAGACAGCCUGCAACCUGCUGCCCCAGCCUUCAAGGUGCCUUUACCAUGGUGACCCUAAAGGAAUCAUACACUUUACAAUAAGCCAGAGGGGAAACAAACUCCUUGUCACAGUUGCAUUGCCUCACUUUCAGCAUCCUCUGGAUCCCUUUCCUCCCACGACGGCGCUAACCUGGUGCAGCCAUGCAUCUGGAAGUGAAAGUCGCCCUCAACUUCAUCGUGUCCUACCUGUACAACAAGCUGCCUCGGCGUCGAGCUGACCUGUUUGGCGAGGAGCUGGAGAGGAUACUGAUGUCUCGUUUUGAGGGUCACUGGUACCCUGAAGCCCCUCUCAGGGGCUCGGCCUUCCGCUGCAUUCACCUGGGAGCGCCGAGGGACCCCGUGGUGGAGUUGGCUGCCAAGAGAAGUGGACUGGACACCGAGGAAGUGCGCGCGAAUGUCCCUGCGGAGCUCAGUGUGUGGAUUGACCCUUACGAGGUAUCCUACCAGAUCGGAGAGAAGGGGGCAGUGAAGGUUCUCUACCUGGAGGACCCUCCCGGCCUCGGCUGUGACGGCGAGCGGGCCGAGGGGGUGAUCAGAGACGGUAAAGGAGAUGCAGAGGCAGAGGAGGCCAAGAGUCUGGGCUUUAACCCAGACGCUCAGGUGUUUGUGCCAAUCGGGAGCCAGGCGUCCCCUGCCCUCAUGCCGUCGCUCUCCAGCUCUCCCACGCCUCUCUCUGGCCAGCCCUGCCCCGGCCUCUUCAGCUACCCCAGCUCCAGCACGCCCACCGACCCUGCCGCCCACUCCUCAAACACCUCCACCCCUUCUCCUCCCAGCGGCGGGCUGCCCUACCUCUCCGCCCAGCAGCCGCCCUCCGCUCUCGCCACUGCCCGUCCUCAACCCAUCACCUUCACCACCGCCAGCUUCGCCGCCACUAAAUUCGGCUCGACCAAGAUGAAGAAGUGCAGCGUGGCCGGGUCGGCCGCCGGCCCCGGAGCGGUCCUACCUCCUGCCCAGAGGAUGCUCACCCGCUCUCCUACCAACAUCUCGGCGCCGGAGCUGCUCAAGCACAAGCCCCUGUCCCUGUCCUUGCACUCCCUCGGAGGUCCCAUCGCCAGCCAGCUCUCUCCCAACGCCAAAGAGUUUGUCUACCCAGGAUCCCCAGGCCCCCUUUACUUUGAUGCCGACACCCAGCCCAUGCAGCCUCAUGCCAGCCCAUUCCAACCCCCCCACGCUGUCAACACCCAUCCGUCCUUUGACCCCUUCUCCAGCCCUCCCCCUGGCCAGAGCGUGGGCAUCAUCGGCGGCAACGGAGGAAUCUCCUACAUGGAGAAGCCGCCGUUUGUCGAGGGUUUAGGAAGCUACAACCUGCAAUACCCUAGCCAGUCCUUCCAGCCGGUCGUGCUGGCCAACUAAGCCUUCAUUUGUAACGAAGUAAGAAUUGCUGUGGGAGGAGGUGGGUUUGGACAAUGACGCUCCAGAUAUUUUCAGUUUUUCUAACAAAAAUUGUUCUAAUAAAAGUUAAGAAUUAGUUUUACUACAAAGACUUAAAAUACCACGUCCACUGAAUAAUUCAUGUGAUUGUGUUUUGUUCCUCUGUCCCCCCCCCCCUCCUUCCCUCCCCUCCAACCCCAGCCUGCCCUUUUGUCCGUUGCUGUUACUCAUCACGUUCUGUGUGUUGGCUUUGAUGACAGGUGUGGGUGUGGGGGGGCGGGGGUGUGAGUUCCUUUCUACCUUGAGUUGUUGCCAAUCUCUUUGUAUAUUAUUUUUGCAUUGAAUGUUAAUGUGAGGGACUUAUUUCUUUUUUCUUCUUUUUCUUUCUUGACUUGUAGUUUAAUGGACCCGGCUCUAGUACAGCUCCGUUUUUUUUGCACUGCAGUGUCAUGCUGUGAAAAAGGACCUCGCCAAGUCCUGCAGGGAACAACGGCUGUGGAAAGCUCAGCACUUUGCUCUGCAAUCUGCUCUGCCCUACUUGCUACAAAUACAGAGGGAGGGGGGGGGGCUCUCCUGUCUCUGUGUGUGUAGUCCUGUUCUGUAUUGUUGUGGCGCCGCGUGAUGGAGAGACCCAUUGUUUGUACGGUGGGCCCCGUUACCCCUCGAAACUCACUCAUACGCGGGCCCAAUUUGACUUUGUCGCCGGGCGUGUAUUGGAAGCGGUUUACAGUCAGCUGGGAUGGGUACAUGACGUGGGUUUUAAAAUGAAGUGAGAGCAGCGGAGUGAGCAGGACGGGAGCGUCGGGGGUGUUAGGGGAGGGAUGUAGUAGAAUGUAUUGGAUCUGUCAGGGGAAACUGCAGCUGGGAAGGUCAGGGAAACCUUGAAUGUGAAAAGCAAGUCAAUCGUUGGCAUUUUAAGACCAUAACAAUGCGCCGAUACCUCAGUUACACACACUGGGAUCCGAGUUAUAGUUCCGUACGUGUAUUUUAAAAGGGCCGACGUGCACACACAUUCGCAGAAAUGCGUGUGCACGCGCACCCAAUUCCAGUCAUCAGCGUGUGAAGGUGAAUUGGCGUAGGGGGAUGCAGCAGCAGGGAUUGCGAUAUAUGGCUUGGCAUGACUUUGACUAUGAAGGAGAGGUUUUCCUCUGCACGGAGAGGAGAGAGGGAGAUGGGAGAAAAGGGAAGAAGGAAAGGAGAGAGAGAGAGAGAGAGAGAGAGAGAGAGAGAGGCAGCUAGAGGGUUCUGUUGCCUCUUGUGUCGUCCUGGCUGUAUUGGCGUCGAGAGCGACCCUUUAAAACCCGGAACACGUUUCUGGUGAGCUUAAAUGGAAUUGAAGCAAAAGGCUCGCACUAUUCUCUUCCUCCUCCUUGAAAUUCUUCAGUGAUCUCUUCUCCUCCUGGCUGUGUAACAAAGAAACCCCCCACCCCCCCCCACCCCCAGAAUCCUACAUUUCAGGUCUCUCUUUCUACCCAGUUCUGCAGACAAAAAGAUACAAAAAUGAAUGUUCUUCAGCGGUCUGUGGCUCUUGUCGCUUUAUUGGAUAGCUUGUCAGAUCUCUGGAAGUCUGCCGCUGCUAACAGCGGUUUGUUUACCAGCCAGGUCCACGUGAUUGUUGGUUUGUCGCUACAGGGAAGGUUAGCUCUCGGCUGUUCAUUUGAUCCGUCCAGCACUUUAUCACUGGGCUCCUGAGGCGGCGCGUCGCCCGCAGUCACGAGCGCCGCGCCAUUCCUUUGCCCUCUGUUAGAUAAUGGCACCUUUUUAUUCAGCUUGUCAUGAAAAGAUGGAGCUUGAUUUUUCUAUUCAAAAACGCAUCAUGCUGGUGAGGAGAUGCUGUCAACCCAAGUCCAUUUAUUUGAAUGUUUUGUAUAAGAUGACCCAAGGACCCUUGACUUGUGCUCACGCUGGUUUUGCAAUGUGACAGCUUGUCAUACGCAUGCACGUUUUUAUUUCUUUUCAAGGGAAUGGGGUGGGGAGGCACACUUCUCGGCAAACGUUAUUGAUCGUUAAGGGAAAGAUGCAUUUAUAAUUUUCUUUUUUUUUUAAUUUAUUUCACAAUAUUUCUAUAUUUUUGUUUUUGCAGAAUUAUCACUGACAUUUGUACAAGUAAGACAUGACAAGUCCAGGAAUAUGUAUAUACAAAGUUCUUAUGUUCAGAUUAUUUGUUUAGUUUCUUACAUGCUGAGGUUAUUUUUUCAGAAAAUAACAUGAAUAUAUGCAAACUGAGACAAAAAUGAAAAGAUGUACAGAAUAAAAGUAUUGAAUGUGUAUUGUACCUUGUACAGAAUUUGUCGAAAAAAAGAAAAAAAAAAAAAAGACGGGUAAAUGUAUUCAUUCUUCAAGUUUGGAUUUGAAGUUUAAGAUGUGAAUGUUUACAGUGGGUGUGUGUGGGAAAAGAUGGCUGAUAUCACUUUCUUUGCUGUGCUCCCAGGGCAGUCUGACAGCACUACUCCCAUAGGCAGUACAUUUAAACCAAAAAUCUCCACAUUUCACAUUCAUGCAUCCAUUUUCCUUUUUUAAUGUGAAUUAAUUGCAUUUUGUGGUCACCCUGCCUAUUUUAUUUUAUGUUUUUCCCCUUGAAAGUGUCCACCGAUAUCUUUCCUUUUUCCCCGUCUUUAUUUAAACAUUUCACAUCAACCCUAACAUUCCUGUUUUCCCCCGUGUGCUACUACAGUACGUAAAGCCAGAUAUAAUCAGAUUUAAAUGAACAAAAUGUCUUUUAACCUCCCUUAUAUUAUAUAUCCCAUAACAUUUCUUGUUAUUCAUUAAAUUUUUUAAGUGGGUUCUCUUCUCCCCAUCAGCCCGGUCCUUUGGUCCUGAUACUAUAGCCAUAUCCCAGACUGUCUUUGCUUACACAGAUGCUCACCCUUCUCCAGUGCAAUGUAAUGCCAUAAUUUAAAUUACCCUGAAGGAUUCAAGGGGUUUCUACCUCUCUGCACCUGGGGGGGGGGAAAUCCAGUAUAUCUCCUCCAUAGGAAGCGGUGUUACGGCAGGUUCGGGAGGAUGAAGGAAAUGAAUGUGCUGUGAAUGUUUGUCAGUCAACCCUGGUUGUGAUGGCCUGCGGGAAAUAAAUGAGGAAACUGAUUUUUUUUAUUUAAUUGUUUUGUCUUAAAGAGUCGUGGAGAGUUUUUUAUUUAUUUUUUUUGCAUGCAUGUCCAAAACUACUCCCUUUUUUUUUUUCUCCUUCUUCUCUUCUUUUCCAUAUUUGUCAGAUUAUUCAGAGCAAACGAGGUGUGUCCUUUACGUACAAAUCUGGCUCUUGAGGUGAGCGAUCCUCCCAUCUGAAAGCUGGUUUGUGUUCUACACCUGAACAGAAAGCCGUUCCAGUAGAUGGGGGGGGGGGGUCAAACCCAGCAAAUGAACUCCAAACGCAGGCUGUUCUACAACCGGGGUUGAACAUUAAUGAAGAGGAAAAAAAACCAAGAAUUUUGUAUUCUGAUGUCCUUUUGCUUAUAUAUCGAUGUGUGCGUCUUAUUUUGCACUUUGGGAUAUUUCAUUGUCAUAAAAGAAGUUUAUUUUCUAUGUCAAAUUUAACAUUUAAGAGUAAAAUAAAUAUAAUUAAAAGUUCAGAUGAUGUAUAAAUAUAGUGCUUUCUUUCCUGCCUGUAUUUUAUUAUUUUUUUUCCUAUUUUGUAUCUGAUCUGUACACCCUGUAGAUGUGUAAUGAAUCUUUCACUACUGAAAUGCAAUGACCUGUUUUCUGUGCUGCCCCUUGGGAAUGGGGAGUUACUACUGCAGUUUCUUAUUGUAUCAGAUUCUUUUUUAAGUUUGUAAUAAAAAAAAAAACAGAUUGGCAAAAACAAGCAUGGGAAAAUAA